AUGAGUAUGCUGGGUUUUGUAUAUCUAUUUUUGAUACUCGGUUGGAUUCUGAUUGUAUUAUUUUUAAAGUGUAAAAAGUCCAUCACACCACAUUUUGCCUUCAGCGAACAUUAUACGGACGCAACUGCGACGGAUCGUCGUCCCUCUGUGCACAUCAUUCAAUUGCCACCCGAAGAGAUGGAAAACGAAGAACAAUUUCUAGACACAUAUCAUCAGCGCAGCAACAGUUUACGUCGAUACUCAAAUCGUUCACACCGCUCAACGCUGCCGGAUGAGCGUACAAUCGAGACGACAUAUCCCACAGAUGCGAUUGUGAACCCAGCUUAUAUGCACGAUGAGGAGUACAUAAUCAAUGAUAAUAAUACGGCACAAAACGCACAGACACAAGUUUCUACACGAGCGGAAACGCCGCCGCCCUCAUAUGAAGAAGUUAUGCGUCAACCGGAGGUGUAUCCCAAAGUGCAUCAGAGUGUGAGUAAAGUGAGCGAUGCAAAUAUAUAAAAACUAACUGGCUCGCCUAACGCAAGCAGCAAAUAUCGAGUGUUUGCCUCCUCAAGUAGAAAAUCGUAGCAACGAAUUGCUGGUUGAAGAACAAAAAAGUCUUUUUGUACAUCAUUCACGCGUUGAAUUUAGUGCGAACGCACUGCGAGGGGCAUGCGCAUGUGCGUCAACAUAUACAUACAUAUGUUAUGUAUAUAUUUUAUAUAUAUACAA